CUAAGAAGACACAUUGUUCAUGAACCAAGCAAAUCAUGUACCAACUUCUUCCCAGUUCUUGUCUGGUCAUAUUCUUAAUCUUCUACUCAUUUCACAUUCUUCCUUGUGAUUCAAGUAAUCAGGGAACUGGCUGGUGUGAGACUCUGUUCCAAUGUGGUAACAUCACUGCUGGUUUCCCUUUCUCUGGAGGGAACCGUCACAAAGAUUGUGGUCAUCCAUUGCUUCAGCUUCACUGCAACAAAAACAACAUCACCACUCUUUCCAUCUCAAACCAAAAGUACUCUGUUCUCCAUAUAGAUCAAACAUCCAACACUCUAACACUUACCAAACCAGACCUUAUAGGUUCUUUUUGCUCCUCUGUAUUCACAAACACAACCUUACCUCCCGAAACUUUCGAGCUUUCACCUACUUACAAGAGCGUCAACGUAUUCUACCAAUGCUCCUCUUUGCCUCCUGAUCUUUCUAGCUAUACAUGUCCCAAGAUUGGUCCAAUCUCAGUGUCUGAAACCACUGUAAAAACUCCUGAGAGCUGCCGUUCCAGUUUCACCGUGAAGGUUCCUACAAGUUUUGUUACAACAGAGAAAGAGUUGAAUGUGACGAAUUUGGAAAGUGUUUUAAGAAAAGGAUUUGAGGUGAAGGUAGUGGCGAUCAAUGAUAAUGUGUGUCAAGAAUGUUUAUCCUCUCAUGGAAGAUGUCAUGUCUUCAAUGAAUACUUAACACCAGGAGUUAAGUGUCAUCCACCUAAAGACUCUGAGGGUACUUGUGGAUAUAAUCAGACCUCAAGUACGUUUCUCUGCUAUUGUAAAGACCCCUAUAGCUUAACAUGCGGUUCUAAGAGGAAAUCAUUUGUUCCUUGGAUAAUAGGGGCUGUGUCGAUCUUGAUUCUCAUAGGUGUUUUUGUUUGCCUGGGUAUUCGUAAUAAGGUGCUGGUUGGUCGAGUAUUUAAUACUCGAAACAGUUAACCGUAAGGUAAUAUAUGCGAGGUCGAUCAAAAGGAGCAAAAUUACUCUAAAGAUUUGCGAGACUCAUUCUUAGUUAAAGCGGAAAAGGUUAUUUGUUUUGUUUUCAGAGUUUUAUUAAACUUAUGAAUAAAGUAUCAACCUGUGAAUUGUGUUCUUGUAUAUUCUGAUACAGGUUCUAUAUUUAUUAUGCAAAUAACAUUUACAGACA